GUGAAGGUGAGACCCUUGUCUGUCUCUGGAUCAUCGAAGCUCCGAGGGAGUGAGAUUCGACUGUGGAUUCCCACUUCAAACCGAACAUUCAAUCUCCCUUUGAAAUUUACUUUCAAUUUCAUUCAAUCUCAUCUCUGAUUCCAUCGGAGCAUCAUUUUUCAUGUUUCUCUGCUUCAAUUCAUGCUAAAUAUUCCAUCUCCAGUACCGGUUGGAGUUAGAUUUGCAGUACCGACAAAACCGCGUUGUUCGUCAGAUGUUUGAUUGAUCAGAUCCAGAUUUCAGGAACGAUGGGUCACGUUAACUUGCCGGUUUCCAAGAGAAAUACGCGGCAAUGGCGACUUCUUGAUAUUGUUUCCGCGGCGUUUUUUGGUUUGGUUGUGUUGUUCUUUCUUCUCGUUUUCACUCGUCUCGGUGACUCGCUUGCUGCCUCUGGCCGACAGACUUUGCUGCUUUCUAAUGCUGAUCCACGGCAGCGUCAGCGAAUUAUGGAGUUGGUUGAGGCUGGGCAAAAGCAGGCUAUUGAAGCUUGCCCUGCCGCCGCUGUGGAUCACAUGCCUUGCGAGGAUCCGAGGCGGAAUAGCCAAUUGAGCAGGGAGAUGAAUUAUUAUAGGGAGCGACAUUGCCCGCUUCCUGAUGAGACGCCGCUCUGCUUAAUUCCACCGCCCGAUGGGUAUAAGAUACCUGUCCAAUGGCCGGAGAGCUUGCACAAGAUAUGGCACAGCAACAUGCCUCACAAUAAGAUUGCAGACAGGAAAGGACAUCAAGGAUGGAUGAAACAGGAAGGCCCGCAUUUCAUUUUUCCAGGUGGCGGUACCAUGUUUCCAGACGGUGCGGUGCAAUAUAUUGAGAAACUUGGACAAUACAUUCCUAUAAAGGGUGGUACUCUAAGGACUGCACUUGAUAUGGGCUGUGGGGUUGCUAGUUUCGGGGGGUAUCUGCUUACUGAGGACAUUCUUACUGUGUCUUUUGCUCCAAGAGAUUCCCAUAAAUCCCAGAUUCAAUUUGCCUUGGAAAGAGGGGUUCCAGCAUUCGUUGCCAUGCUUGGAACUCGGAAACUCCCUUUUCCAGCAUUCUCAUUUGAUUUGGUGCAUUGUUCACGUUGUUUAAUUCCGUUUACUGCUUACAAUGCUACAUAUUUCGUCGAAGUUGAUCGUGUACUUCGCCCAGGGGGGUAUUUGGUCAUAUCUGGACCACCUGUACAAUGGCCCAAACAAGACAAAGAAUGGGCAGAUCUUCAGAGUGUUGCAAGAGCAUUAUGUUACGAGUUAAUUGCCGUAGAUGGUAAUACCGUCAUCUGGAAAAAGCCUACUGGAGAUUCGUGUCUUCCUAAUCAAAAUGAAUUUGGACUUGAAUUGUGCAGUGAGUCUGAUGAUCCAAAUCGUGCAUGGUAUGUGAAAUUAAAUAGAUGCGUGAGUAGAACGUCUUCUGCCAAGGAAGCGAUCUCUGUUGGCACAAUUCCAAAAUGGCCGGAUAGGCUAGCAAAAGCUCCUUCAAGAGCUGAAGUUGUGAAAAAAGGUCUCGACGUGUUCAAUGCUGACACUCGGCGAUGGGAAAGGAGGGUUUCUUAUUACAAAAAGUCUUUAAAUCUGAAGCUGGGCACCCCAGCAGUACGCAAUGUGAUGGAUAUGAAUGCAUUUUUUGGAGGCUUUGCUGCAGCCAUAAGAUCUGACCCUGUUUGGGUGAUGAACGUUGUUCCUUCUCACAAGCCAGCCACUUUGGCUGCUUUAUAUGACCGAGGCUUAAUUGGAGUCUACCAUGACUGGUGUGAGCCUUUCUCUACGUACCCACGUUCUUAUGAUUUUAUCCACGUAUCUGGAAUCGAAUCACUCGUUAGAUAUCCAGGUUUCGACAAGAGCAGGUGUAACCUUGUUGAUCUAAUGGUGGAAAUGGACCGAAUCUUACGUCCUGAAGGAACAGUAGUGAUUCGAGACCAUCCUGAAGUUAUUGAAAGGGUAAACCGCAUAGCUCGAGCGAUAAGAUGGACUGCCACAAUACACGAAAAAGAGCCGGGAUCACAAGGAAGAGAAAGAAUCCUCGUUGCAACCAAAAGCUUUUGGAAGCUACAUUGAAAGGAUGAUGGGGCUGUUUAUCCUCGUGAUCCAGUAACUUUAUUUAUAGGGCAUUUGGUAGCUUAAAGUCAUGCCUACUUUUAUGGUGGAAAUGGAGGUAAUCCAAAUAACUGAUUCACAUGUAUGUUUACGAAAAUGCCCCGUAAAAUAUUUGUAUUGGGAGACGUAAAUUUGAUUCGUGAACUUUUCUUUCAUUUUGGGCUUUAUAUGUUUGUUUUAUUUUAGUUCUGUGAUCUUGUAUUCAACUUGAGUAUAGAUCAAGUAAUUAAAGCAUAGACCAUCGCGCACGUAAGAAGUUAAAGAUUUUGAUCCCCCACUCCUAGAUAUUCUUGAACUAUAUAUAUAUAUAUAUGGACA